AUGCCCUACUCCGGCGAUCGCCGGCCCUCCCCGCCCCCGCCCCCGCCCCCGCAGCCGCAGCCGCACGCAACCCUCUCCUACCUCUCCCCCUCCGCCACGCCCUUCACCGUCAGCCGUCCCCGCGACGCCAUCCCCGAUCCGACCCCCAACGCCCCCGCUAACCCUAGCCCUUACCCCGAGCUCCCCACCGCGCCGUCGCUCUACGACUCCUGGGUCGAGCCUCCCGCGAGCUACAUGGAUCUGGAGGCCGGCGCGACCCCGGGGUUCACAGGUUUUGCCAAUUCGGACGGGUUCCUGGUUUCCGGGAAUGCACGAAACGACAUGUACCCCGGGAACCAUUUUGGUACCUCCAUGCAGCCGCUCCCCUUCGCAACAGGCAGCUCGGAGUGGAUGGAAGAGAAGUAUCCUGGAAUCUACCAGAGAACAUCAAAGGCCCCCUCGACUGAUUUUGGAUCAGCACCUUCCGUGUCUCCUAAUAUGUUUGCCUGCUUAGAUACGAAGCCCUGUUCUACACCUCAGCCUGUGAAUCAGUACUCCCCAUAUUCUGCUUAUGGUAACUACACUUCACAUCUUCCGCAGUGCUCAACAUAUCCAUUGAGUUACGACCUGUCCAUGCCAUCUGUUGCUGCCUCGCCUGAAGUAGGCGCGGCAACGAAGCCAUUGUCGCCCACGACAGAUGGCCGUGUAUUGGAGAACACAUUUCAGGCACCAUAUGCGAACCCUUGCAGAUUAAAUCUAGACUAUUUUGAUUCCAUUCAGAAUGAACAGAAAGGUCACUUUGGAUAUGAGACUUCUUAUGAACAGUAUGGUGGCCGGAGUAGCUCUGAUAAUGGUACACGGAUAAUGGGAAGCCAUGCACUUAGUAGAUCUGGAGUUGGAGAGAAUCAUCUUUUGGGUGAGAGUUCAGAAACUGGGAGACCUGUUCAGCCGGGAACCUAUCCACUUAGCAGACACGGAGUUGGAGAGAACUAUAUUUUGGGUGAGAGUUCUGAAACCAGGAGACCUGUGCAGCCUUCAUCAGAAGCGAAAUCUGGUUUAAAUAACUUACAAGCAUCAUGUUCCAAAGUCUCUCUGUCCGAAUACUCAUUUCCUCAGCCUCGUGAACUUUUCAUCGAGUCACCUGAGGUAAAUAACCCAGUUGUUGAUUCUCCAUGUUGGAAAGGGACACCCACUGCACAGCAGCCAUCAUUUGGUGUUGUGAAUGGUGAAGCUUCUUAUUUUGCUAAUGGUUCAGUUGACCCGCCUGAUUUGCACCAAAGCAGGAAGCUUUCUGAGUUUAGUGCUAAUAAUUCUGUGUUACUUCCCAAGCGUCAUGAUACAUCAAAUCCCGAGAAUGAUCUGUCCGUACCUGAUUACCUAUAUUACCUUUCAGCGUUCGGCCUGCCCUCAGGGUGUAGUAAGUCUGAAGGUCAUGAUGAUAAACAACCAUCCAAUGUUGGAGAUGUCAGUGGUAUGGAAAAGUCUAACCACAGUCAUUUAUCUGUUGACCAGGGCACCCGAAGAGAUAACCACGUGACCUGGUGUAAGACAGGAGACGAUUCUGGAAAUUUGGUAACACCAGGUCAACAGGGAAAUGUUUUUCUUGCAGAAAACACAAUUGAACCCAUGUUAGGCAGAAAUGGUGGCAGUCUUCUUGUGAGUACAAGUGAAGAAUCUGCUAAAGUUUCAAACAAUGUUAGUGCAGCUCCAGUUGCACAGGUUAGGAGUUUGACAAAAGAAAGUCUGCAAGAAAUUACUCGUGCCCAUAAAGCUGCGUCAACAUGGGCAAAUCUGCACUCAAAAAUGCCUAUGAACAAAGGUCUGGAGCAUUUAACCCAUUGCAGCACAGGUGUUGAGGAGACGGUGAAGAUAUCUUCAGACAAAGUCACCUGCAGAUCGAAGAGUCAAGAAGAAUUAAUCAAGUCAAUUUAUAAUUUCUCAGUAAUGCUUCUGUCUUCGUGCGAUGGUGGUUAUCAGUUAAAGGAAUCUGAACAUACACUUGUUCAGUCUGUGAUACAAAAUCUCAGUUCUCUGAAAUCCAUGAUAAGCAAGGCUUCAUUUAAAUCUGAUGAUGUUACUAGCAACUGCUGCCAAAUGAAGUCAGAAAAAAUAAAGUGUAAUAGAAAGAAUCAUCAGCCUGAGAAGUUUGCUGGCUUUGAUUGGGAGAACAUUGGCACAGAUUUUAAAACAGUUAUUUUGCAGGAUCUUGCUAAGCUUCCAGAGGAGAACCUGGAUGGUGAUACUAAAGAUGCACAAAUAUACAAAAAUCUUUGGAUCGAAGCGGAAGCUUCUACAUGUAAACUCAAGUACGAACUGCAACUUGCCCGCAUGAAACUUGCAACGAAAAACCACAGUCAGCAAACAGCUACAACACCUACUGGUUCAUUAGGAGAAGCCAAAGCAUCUAACUUGCACAAAGCUGAGAACUCAUUAUGUACUGGAGAGAGUGAUGAUUCUAGCAAACAACAAAACCCUGUGAAAGAAAGCCAUAUCCAUAACGCUGAGAACUCAUUAUGUACUGGAGAGAGUGAUGAUUCUAGCAAACAACAAAACCCUGUGAAAGAAAGCCAUAUCCAUAACGCGACGUUACCACCUCAGAGAGGUGAUGCUGAUGUCUUUGCUCGACUGAAAGUUCUGAAGCUCCGUGAUGAGAGUAUAAAUUGCUUCCAUGAGGCAAAUAGUGAGCUGCUGACCGAGAGAAGCAAGUAUAACAGGACAGGCGCUGUUGAUGACACUGUUUUCGAUAAUGAUGUCGAUGCUAGGAUAAACUCUUUAGUGGAGGACAUCAUCAAAGAGUGUCCGGAAUCAAGUAGCAGUGAAGGCGAUGAGGCCGAUGGUGCUAGUACUGCUGCACUUAAUGUUUUUCUGAGCUGUAAUAACAAUACAAGCUCAUUGGACAAGGACACCAACAUAGAGCAGCCAGAAUCUAGUGAAAGCAAAACUCAUGGUGCUUUCAUGGCUAAGCUUAAAGAUUUGAUGUCCUGCAGUGACGAUCUAAGCUCGUCAAGUGAGGUUAAUGCUUGUCAGCUCCAAACAGCGAGCGAACAUGAAUCUAGUCAAUUUGGUCAGCUUGAAGAUGGUGUCAUGGCCAGAUUGCAAGUACUGAAAAGACGUAUAGAUAACACUAGCAGCAUGGAGGGACAGGAGGUAGUAUAUGAUUCCGAUGAUUGGGUGGGCCACUUCGAAAGAAAACCAUUUGGUUGUGGAGCACAUGAUGAGCUAAUUGAGAAGACUGGUAUAUUUGAUGAUGCUGAGUUCAGAGCUUUAUCUGAUGAAGCAGAUAGCAAAACUACAACCCAAUAUGUCGGUUCAUUGCUUGAAGAGUGUCAUGUUCCCUCAGCACCAGCCGAGCCUGCAACUGUUCAUUUGCAUGACGAGCAGUUAAGCCACUCGCCAUCAGCAUGGGAGCAUGUGCUGAAGGAGGACUUUUUCCUCCCAGGGAAGCCUUUGAAGUGAAAGGCGUCUGCCUGUCCCUUGGUUUAAUUCGAAAAUCUUGUAUGUGCUGUAUAUAUGUUUUUAACUGAAUAGAAUGCAAACUGGGAAAUGUGACAUAAGCUGCACGAUCAACCAUUGUAGAUCGAUGGUGUCCAAAACUCAAACUUUAUGUGUAAGAAAAUAAUCUCAACUGAUGGCUCAUACUGAGCAUUAUGUAAAUAUAUGUUGCCUGCCCUA